CAAAAAGCAACCAAACUUGAGCAUUCCAAAGCCAAAUAAGACUCUCGAUCCUCGGAGACCCAGAAACCAAAUUCGAAAACCCGACCAAACCCAUUAAUCGGAAUCUCGAAACCCUUUAGAAAGUUUAAGUCUUUUUUUUUUGUUUGGUCGGAAAUGGAAGCUUUGCCGGAGGAUGAAGAGUACACUUACAGGGAAGUUGUGUUACCGUCGUUGAUUCCGGUGGUUCCGGAACCGGAAUUAGAAAGAGAGAGCGGAGAGAGGAGGAGAGGAAGAGAUGUGAUCGUAGCCGUUGAUCAUGGUCCCAAUAGCAAACACGCCUUUGAUUGGGCUCUUGUUCAUUUCUGUCGUCUCGCCGAUACUCUUCACCUUGUCCACGCCGUCUCAAGUGUUAAGAACGAUGUUGUGUAUGAGACGAGCCAAGCGCUGCUGGAGAAACUCGCUGUUGAGGCGUUUCAAGUUACCAUGGUGAAGAGUGUGGCUCGUGUUAUUGAAGGCGAUGCUGGUAAAGCAAUCUGUAAGGAAGCAGAGAGACUGAAACCUGCGGCUGUAAUUAUGGGUACACGAGGCCGGAGCUUAGUAAGAAGCGUGUUACAAGGAAGCGUUAGCGAGUAUUGUUUCCACAAUUGCAAAUCCGCUCCUGUCAUUAUCGUUCCCGGGACAGCAGAAGCUGGAGACGAGUCGAUUGUAGACUGGAAACGAUCAGAUUCAAAACCAUAAGAAGAAAAGAUCAAUUCGUGUACAAGUAUUUCCCACGAAGACUGUUUGUUUUUCAUCUUUCUCGCUAUUGUUGCAGUCUUUGUUUCAGUGUAUGUUGUUUUUGAUACUUCUUCUUCUUUUGUGUGUGUGUGUGUGUGUUUUGAUUUGGGUUUUGUAGUUUCAUAUUGUGUAUACAACAUUUGCUCAGCAAUGAGAUUAUUGUAUUUGUAUGUAAUGGUCUGAUGUGUUUCAGUAAA